AUGUGGCGUGCUCUGCCAUGCCGCCUGCCUGGCAGACGCAGCACGUGCAGUGAGGCCGCUUCGGCCGCACAGGCUUUGCUGCAGGCGGGCGCUGCAUUGCACUUUGCUGGGCCAGACGGCUGGGUGCGUGCCACUGCAGGCCGACACCUCGGCAGCGGCACGUUUGCAUCAGUGUGGGAGCUGCAGCUUUCCCCUCCACAGAGCUUCGGAGACCUUGCUGUGCUGAAGCACUUCCCAAAAGUCAGUGCGGCCGUUGCCGCUUUUUUCGGGCAAUCUUUGCUAGGACAGCACAGGAAGCAGUGGGAGAAGGAGAAAGCGGUGGGUGAUCGCCUGUCUUCAGGCCCCCAACACAAGGGCCGGGGGCACGUCGUCGCAUUGCUCUCCUCGCAGCCGAUCUUCCUCGCAGAGGCCAGGGAUUUGCGGCAGGAUGCGGAAGCGAACUCCGAGCUGAUGCUGGUGCUGGAGCAUGCGGGCCAGCCCCUGGAGUCAAUUCGGAUGGAAAGCUUGGAUCUACCAUCGCGAUGCGACAUCAUCAACCAGCUACUUCAUGCCGUGAAGCUCCUGCGCCUCAAUGGAAUAAUCCAUGCAGACAUCUCUGCUGGCAACUGCUGUCUGGAUGCAGACGGUCGCGCUCGGCUGGUAGAUUUUGGCAACUCCUUGCUGGUGAGCACAGCGCAGAGGGCCGCGGCCUGUCAACCCCUGGAGCGAUUCCGGGCGCGCUACGUCCACCAUCGGCGCUUCCCGUGCUGUGCACGCUAUUCGUAUCCGCUGUCGAUUCGGCGUCUGGUCGAGGAGAUCGAGCGGCCGAACACCAUUGAUGUUUAUGGCUGCUGCUAUGAUGUGGAGGCUUUCCCUGGCAACCUGGCUGCCACGCCGCCGGAGGUCCUCCGUGGUCUCAUGGUGCCAGGAGCCAGCGACGUUUAUGGCCUUGGCAUACUCUUGUGGUGGCUGCUAACGGGUCAGUCCUUUGACUGCGACGUGGCCUGCAUGCGUGGGGGUUACUAUGUGGACGGCUUCAGCGAGCCGAUGCAGUUCGUUCCGGAAAACCUUCGACUGGAGCGGUCACUCCACAGGGCCCAGGAGGUGAUGUCACAGGCCUUGGCAAACUUCGAGCGUGAGGAGGCUGGGAAAUUCAACAAGAUCUACGCUUUCCUUGAAGAGUUGUCGACGAGGCAGCUGAAGCUGGAGCAAGCCGUGGCAAACCUUGAGUCGGAUAUCCGGGAACAAGCUCAAAAGGUGGUGCACACUCCUGAUGCAAGCAGCACCAUGCAGAUGGUGAUGUACGAUCCGUCGACCAACGUUAUGACUCCUGUCAUGGCCCCAUAUGCGGACAGUCAGAUGUCGAUGAUGCCCAUGGUGUGCAUGGUGCAGUCGAUGCCCGAGGGGCAGUUUGGCGUGCAGGAGACCUCGUUCCAGCAACUGCAUUAUCAGGAAUCGGCUACCCAGGAAACGGCUCCACAGGAAAGCGCUCCGGUUGAGCACACGGGGCCUCAGGAAACGACUUCCCAGGAAACGGCUGUGAAGGAAGCGCCGCUCGAGGAAACGCCUUUUCUCGUCGAUGUGGAGGUCGAUCGCGUCUCUUUUCCAGGCUGGGCUCACUUCUACCGCAGCGCUGCCAACGUGCAGCUCGAGGAGCUUCGGAGCAAGCUGGCAGAGGCGACCCCCGAGAUGCCGCAGCUGUGGCAAACAGAUGUUGCCAGGUGGCUGCAGAGUGCGCUGGCCGAGGCUCCGGAAGAUCGGGCCUGGGCUUCGAACAACCCGGUGCUGCUGUUGAGCGGCAUUCAUUCACAGCAAUUGGUAUGCUUUCCGAUACCGGCCGCAAUGGCCAAGCUGAGCGAAACGCUGCGAAUCUACGCAGAGGUGCUGCCGCCACAGCUGCAGAGGGACGUGUGGUUCGGGCCUGCCAAGAGCACAGGAGCCUUACUCCAGCAGAUGGAGCUGCAUCCAGGGAGCAUCUACGGGGAGAUCACUGCAGAGGGGGCGGCGCAAGUCGCUGCGCGCCUCGGCCUCCAGGACUUCGGUGAAAGGGAGGCUGCAGCCGAACUGGGCAGUGGCGCGGGCCGCUGUGCCCUGGCGCUGCUCCAGGAAUCGCAGGCCGCCUCCAUCGUCGGGGUGGAACUGGCCUCCGCGCGGCACGACGCGGCUCUGCUCCUGGCUGGAAGCUGCUUGAAGGAAUGGACACGGCUGGACACGAAGGAGGGGGCCACAUGGUUCCGUGACGGCCGAAGUUUCUGCUUAAUCCGUGGGGACAUACUGCAGACCUGGCGUGAUUGGUGCCAUGUCACCGCAGUCUUUACCAGCUCAUUGUGUUUCCCUGCCGUGGUGAUGGACACACUUUCUAGGCAGCUCGAUGAAUGCAAGCUGCUGCAGCGCGUGGCCACCUUGCAGAUGCUGCCCCAUGCCCUCACCUUCGGCUUGACAGAUGUUCUACGCUGUCCCAUGUCCUGGAAGCCAAACGGCAGCGCCGUCUACGUCUACGAGCGGCUGCCCUCGUACCCACUGUAUCGAUCCUUGCUGGAGGAGCCUCUGGCGGCGCUGUUCCGCGCCGAAGAGCCGCCAGGUCGCCUGGGCACUGCGACGGAAAAGCUGAGAGCAGGAAAACUUGCUCAGCUCUUGCUCUCCUCCCUGCUCCCCUUGUGUGGAUCGCUGGAAAAAAGCAGCCAGUCGAUGGUGUGGGACCAGGUGGGCUCCCCUGCCAUCACGGAGCUUUGUGCAGCGCAUGGCUUGGAAGGAUUGGAGCAGGAGCACCAGCUUGCGACACCUGGAGCAACAGCAGCAGUGGAGUUGCAGAGAUGGUCGAACAUGACCUCCCACGCACUUUGUCGCUGCAUUUGUGGAUCCAGCCGGCUGAACGAGCAGCUCGAGCGUGCAGGGGAAGUGGUCGCACAUGGGCCCCGGAAGCCAGAACCAGCCCCUGAGACCAACGUGAUCUCCUACAACUACCCAAUUCAAGGGCGCUUGUCCUAUUCGCUCUUGGCAGACCAGCCUCUCAGAGGUGCGCCCAUUCGAGAGGGUGACUUAUGGCACUUGUCCACCGAGGAAAGGGUAGAUCCUGUGCACGUCUCCUUGCACAUCAAUGGAUUUAGGUUUUACCUGGACGGUGCAGAAAUGGCCAUAUCCUUAUCCCCUUUCACACUGGUGCGCAACUGCAAGUUCCAAAGUACUUAUCCCAUGCUCAAUGUGGCGGACUUCAAAAUAUUCAAGGUGUCCUUGUUUGCCCAAGGGGCCUGCUACUACUUCGGGGUUCGCGGAGAGAAUGAGCGGGAAGCAGAGGAACUUCGAUCCCGCUGGGUGCUUGACAUUUCUCGUGCUAUGCGCCUGGUUACCCAAACGCUCUUCCCGCCCUUCCAAAUCUCCUGUCGUCCUUUGGACGCAGUGCCUUCUACCCACUCGCGCUUGAUGGCUGGAUACUUGGUGCAUUUUGAUGACUGCUUCACAGCAUCGGUCCUCUACUGUGAGUUGCAUGUGCAGACACAGCAGGACCACACCAAAAUCAUCUUGUACGAGAACGAAAGCUGUCGGCAGAAGCUGGCAGAAAUCUACGUGACCGACCGGUCCAUCUGCUGUGAGAAGAUUGGGAUCAAUUGUAGCUGUUUCUCAGUCGAGGACCAUCAGUUCUCGGCCAGGAGCCUAGGUGAGCGCAAGCUCUGGCUACGUGCCAUUUCGAACCUGAAGGUCAAACUGCAGAACAGUGCUCCAGUCCCUUCUCAAACCGAGACCUGUCAGUACAGAGAGGCCGUGCAGGAGCAUGCAAAGCAACAUACAGUGCACGAGGGGCAUGCCAAGACAGAUGCUUUAUUGCAGCGGACCUUCAUUCGACCGCUGGGCUCACCAAGCGAGGCAUGUCAUGGUACACUGGGUGCGCUGCCAGUGCCGCCAGUGCCCCCUCUUGCUGAGGAUUUCGACAGGCCGGGCCAAGCAGAUGCAGAGCAGGGUGGGAAUGGGGGCGUCCUGGGGCCGGCAGCCAUACCAAGCCCCUCCGCACACACAGAGACACACCCUUUGCGACGGUCCUCUUCAUUGUCCGAGCCGCUGAGGAAACUCUCCCACGUCUGGCUGAGGCUUGAGCCGAGAUAUCUGGUGUGUGGAAGCAUGGACAUCUUCUACCAGCGCCCGCCGUUUCAGACCCCCAAAGCAGGGCACGUCUGUCGAUGCAUCGCGCUGGGCAAGGUUUCAUCAAAGGGCAAGGCCCGCACGGCCUUUCAUGGCCUGUCUCUGAGCCCAGCUGCUACCAUGCCGGAAACGGCCCUAAAGCAGCGUCCAGCAAACACGACGCCCAGCCCCUUCGUGGUUGCAAGUGAAGAGCAGGGCGAAGAGGAGUCGCGGGGUGUCAAGCGCGACGCGGCCACGAUGGAGGAUGACGGUCCCCCACCCGAGCCGGACACGGUCUUCCUCGGGAGACUGCCUGCGAACAUCGAGGAGAAGCGCAUCGAGGCUGCUCUAAAGCACGUGGGCAAGAUCGAACGCAUCCACCUCGUGCGGGAAGCAGGUGAGGGCAGUGCCUGCAAGGGCUUUGGUUUCGUGACCUUCUCCACUCCCGAGGAGGCUGAGGCUGCCUGCGACUUGAGCGAGCUGCUGGAGUGUGGCGGCCGGAAGAUCACCAUCUCCAUAAGUCGGCCCACCAAGAAGUCCGAUGGGCCCAGGAAGAAGAGGGAAAUCCAAAUA